AUGCCUCGCAAAGAUCAUCAUAAAAAAACUCAAAAUAAACUUAAUGUGAAGCUUCGUUCAGACAAUAUAGAUGUUAGUAAAAUAAAAAAGAUAGUUAAAAAAUUAAUUAAAGAACGUAAAUCUUUCUUAUCACAACAGUUGAAUAGAGACGAGAUUUUUGCGAAAUAUUAUGAAUUAGAAAAUUCUAAGAUUAACAAAUUGGAAACUCAAAUUGAAUCACUAAUUUCCAAAAUUAACCGAUUAAAAAAUGAUAAAAAUUUAUAUCAAACUGAAAACAAUAAACUUAAAAAAGAAUUACAACGCAUUGCUAGCAGAUAUGAUGAUAAUAAAACAGAGCUUGAAAGUUAUUAUAAUGUUAUUCAAAGAACUAAUUAUGUAUUACAGGAAGUGUUCGGUUCUAAUAAAAUAG